UUAAAUUCAAUAAAAAAAUAAGCAAGGCAACCUUAAGAUCUUACGAAUAAUUUCUAAAUAUGUUAUUUACUAACCUGGCUUUAUAAAUAGCGAAUAAGUAUGAGACUUUUCAUUCAUUGAUGCAGAACCCCUUUUUGGCAGUUAGAUUAUAAUUUUUUAAAAUUAUUUUGUUAUUUUAAAGUGGUUCCUUAAAUAAUUACAGAUAAAGACCAAUUUGGAAGAAUGUAUGUGUGCAGGGUCAAAUGUUUAACAAAAAAAAAAAAAGAAGUGCACACUCUAAAAUGACAAAAAAUCUAACUGGUGCCUGGGAAAUUAAGGUGCAUUUUUAUUGAAAAGUGUACGUUGUACUCUACAAUCUUAUUUCGUAGGGAUGAACCCAAAGUAACGCAUAAGGUUUUUAGAGAGAAGACACCGGUUGCGACCUGAUCAAGGACAGAGCAGGCUCGGCUGAGACUGCAGCACGGUGCGCAGUGACCGGCUGCAUCCACUGGGGGAGGACCGAGCUCCGCCUGCAUGCGCUGCGGUACAUGAACGACUUUCUCACUAAGACUCUCCAUCAUCACACACAAUAGGAGGGAUACAGGAGUAUAGGUAAGGCUACAGCGGCAGACAGACAGAUGUGUGAUGCUCAGACUCAACCAUGGGGCCAUUUACCCUCGUCUGUGCCAAUGUAAACUUUUACCCACCCUCCUUUCUAUUCGCCGCUAUCGAGUGGAACUGUCUUUGAUGCCAACUCGCUGCUGGCACACCUGCUUUUGCUUUUUUUUUCUCGUCUUGAUUGGUGUUGCCGGUACACCAGGAGCUAUGCAGCACCAACAGGGGAUGAAGUGCCAGUAGAUCCUGUUGAAUUGAGGCACGGCGUCGAGACGCAGCCAAAAAAAGUGUCCUCCUCAGAGUGCGUCAGAGCACGGAUGUAUAUGCUGGAUGUAGAUGUGGAUAUGGUUGCCCGCCGGAUACGACGAGGGAUUUGUGAUAUUACACCCCACAAUCAAGAAGAGGAUUUGAGCACAGACGGAGAGCUGCAUCCUCAUCCAGCAUUCCUCCGCCUUCUCCUCUUCCAUCAGAUUUGUUUGUAGGGGGGACAGAGGCUAUUUCUUUUGGCCCCCCAUUUAAAUCUGCUGAGCGCAUCGGAGGAACAAAGUCAUUCAGAUUCAUCGGAGCUCCAAAACAUAAGAGCGAAGACCCAUAAAAAAUCUCAUCUCAUAAAAUGGCAACCAUGGGCGACCACGGAGGAUCAAAAGACGCCUUUUGGGGCUGAGAAAUUAACCACCUGAUGGGCACCAGAGAAACCGAAGAAAGACUGUUUGGGUGUCGCUUGUUGACUCGGUGAUUUAUCAUGCUGAGCAUAAAAGGGGCGCUGCAAGUUUGACACAGCGUCUGCGUAACAGGGUAUGCCACCGGCCCUGGUGUUUUUUGGUUAUGGUAAUGAUGUCAUAAAAUAUAUACUGGGCGCAACAAGAUAUGCUCAUCAAUGUUUUUUUGUUUUUUUUUAUCAUGUAAGUAGCAAAGCGGACUCCAGCCAACAUGGACCUUACUGAGGUGUGUUUGUUAAUCUGACUUUCUAAACGAUUGAUGCCUCAGUCUCUCUGUGUCUGCGCGACAGAGCUGCAACUUUUAUCCGCUGGUCUGCAUCCCCCUUGACGAGGGUUCUGUAGCCUUCGCGGACCGAACCUUUACAAAAAUGGAGUUUGCCAUGGUGGGUGCGGACGGCGGGUGCAACAGUCACCUGCCGUAUGGAUAUGCCCAAGCCCGCGCGCGGGAGAGGGAGCGCGAGAGGGAGCGCCAGGCUGCCCAGUCGAGAGCGGCGGCGGCGGCCGCGGCUGCAGCAGCCGACGGUGGCUCCUGUGCGGAGGUAGGCGCGGGGGGGCCCACCUCCGCCACCUCCUCGGGCGCUCAUCUCCUUAACAACCGCCAACAUCAGUCUCGCGCCGCCUCCUCCUCCGCUAACAUCAGCAGCAGCGGCGCCGCCUCGCGCCCCUCCUCCUCCUCCACCUCUUCGCAGCAGGAGCCCGAACAGCAACAGCAGCACAGAGUUCUCAGAGAGCGGAAAAAGCAGCGCGGCGUCGGUCGGUGGAGGCGCAACCGGAGCACUCUCGGAGGGGACUUGCGCCACUCGGAGCUGGCGCUGCUCGGAUCCGAGGAGGACAUCAUGAUAGAGGAGGAAGAGGCCGAGGGAGCGGAGGAAGAGGAGGAGGAGGAGGAGGUGGAAGGGGGAGAGGCGGCGGAGGGCGGCCGAGGGAGCAAGAGGUCGAGCUUUCUGUGCAACAUGGAUGAUGAGGAGGAGACCGUGUCUAUCACAGACAGGCGUCCCCAGUCCGGAUACGAGAACGUUUACAGCGAGUGCGGCUGCUGUGAGAGGGUCGUCAUCAACGUGUCGGGGCUGAAGUUUGAAACUCAGCUGAAGACGCUCACUCAGUUCCCGGACACCCUCCUGGGAGACCCCGACAAGCGAAUCAGGUACUUUGACCCGCUGAGGAAUGAAUACUUCUUCGACAGGAACCGGCCGAGUUUUGACGCCAUUCUUUACUAUUACCAGUCAGGAGGGCGGUUAAAAAGACCUGUCAACGUCCCGUUUGACAUCUUUUCCGAGGAGGUAAAGUUUUAUGAACUCGGCGAGGAGGCGAUACUGAAGUUUCGGGAGGAUGAGGGGUUUGUGAAGGAGGAGGAGAAACCUCUGCCGGAGGACGAGUUCAAGCGCCAGAUUUGGCUCCUUUUUGAGUAUCCAGAGAGUUCGAGUCCUGCCAGGGGCAUAGCGGUGGUGUCUGUCCUGGUCAUAGUCAUUUCUAUUGUCAUUUUCUGUCUGGAGACGCUGCCCGAGUUCAGGGAUGAAAAAGAGUAUCUGCAGCCACGCCACAACUCCUCUCAGCCUGAUCACGGAUUUACACCUUUCAAUGACCCGUUUUUCAUCGUGGAGACGGUCUGCAUCAUCUGGUUCUCCUUUGAGAUUAUAGUUCGAUUUUUUGCGAGUCCAAGCAAGACAGCUUUCUUUAAAAAUAUAAUGAACUCCAUAGAUAUCGUGUCCAUUUUGCCUUACUUCAUAACCCUCGGCACGGACCUGGCGCAGCACCAGGGCAACGGGCAGCAGGCGAUGAGCUUCGCCAUCCUGAGAAUAAUCCGCCUGGUCAGGGUGUUCCGCAUCUUCAAACUAUCCAGACACUCCAAGGGGCUGCAGAUCCUGGGGCAUACCUUGCGCGCCAGCAUGCGGGAGCUGGCCCUCCUCAUUUUUUUUCUGGUAAUAGGCGUCAUCCUGUUCUCCAGCGCGGUGUACUUCGCCGAGGCGGACGAGCCCACCUCGCAGUUCACGAGCAUCCCCGACGCUUUCUGGUGGGCCGUGGUUACCAUGACCACGGUGGGCUACGGCGACAUGAAGCCAAUCACUGUCGGUGGGAAGAUAGUGGGCUCCCUUUGCGCGAUCGCGGGCGUGUUGACCAUCGCGCUCCCGGUGCCCGUAAUAGUGUCCAACUUUAACUACUUUUAUCACCGGGAGACGGACAACGAGGAUCAGUCGCCCGUGGUGGAGAGCAUGCCACCGGGCUGCCCGUACUUCCCGGACUUUCUUAGGAAGUUCAAAGGCUCGCCGUCUGGCUCCUCGCUGGGUGACAAAGGGGAGUACAUGGAGAUGGAGGAGGGGGUGACGGAGUCGCUCUGCGGGUUGGACAAAAGCCCCAGUAAAGGAAAUGGCACAGACAUAAGUAGAAAAAACAGUACUAACUCGAAAUCAAUUCAGACUGACGUGUGACUAAGAAUUUUAUUUUAUUAUUUUCCAAACAAGAUACACAUCCGAUUAAAGACUCUUCUUCUUCUGGCCAGCAGCAGCUGAUUCAUACCCCCAAUAGGCCUAUAUACGUUUUACGCACGCCUCAGAGACCCCUCACACACACUUUCACACUCAUAGGCCACCAAUUGGCACCUUAAUAGCAUCCAUGCCUAAAUUUGCCUGAUAGACACAGAUAUAUCCGUUUAUCCAGUGUGGGCUUCCAAAUCUGACAUGGAAUCUAAAUUAGACAACAGGCUAUGCAUUCGCACUUUAUGACUUUCAUCUGUCACAUCACAGGGGUAGGGAUGGUCGUUUUUUGCUGUUAUGCAAUAAAGUUAAAAUUUGUUUGCACUAUAACGUAGAAUUUGCGCUGGGUUAGAGACAGUAACUGUAGGCCAUUCAGAUGGCAACAUUGUAGUCAUCCUCUGCUCACCUGGAUACAGAAUGUAUGAGUAGAGAAAAGGGGAAACUAUUUCACUUAGUCUGCCAGAAAACAAAAAUGUAAAACUGAGCUCUAUUUACAUAAAAAGCCUAAGAAAGAAUACUUUUAUCUUUGUUCAUUUAAAAUACUCAAACAAAAAUGACCUACACAUUGAUGAGAUAUGUCAUAACGUAGGCAUUAAAUAAACCAGGGCUAUAUUGAAAUAAGCUUUUCCUUAAGAGGCCAAAAAUAAUAAUAAAAAAAGACCCACAAUGAGAGCUAAGCACAGGUGUCAUCAUUGUUUAAAAUGGCUGAAGAAGUCACCCAGCCCAGGUUUUCUAUGAACGCUCUUAAAGCCUCGGCUGCAACAUUUAUUUUUUUCAUUAAAAGCACCUCAAAAUGACAAUAUCCCUUUACAAAGAUGAAUAUGGAAAGUUACAGGACUCUGACGUGGGAACUCUUUAAAAGGAGAGAUUAUGAGCAAUUUUCUCGCCUUUCUGCUGGACUCAGUGCACAAAAAGCGCUGCCAGUUACAGAGAGAGGGAAUAUCCCCCCCGUCUCUGGAGAGUGCAGACAACAAGCAAAACAUUGUGACCAGUCAACUUCAAGCACUAGUGGACACUGAAAAAAGCAACAACCGGACGGGACCUCGAACAAAUUCUGAGAAGCAGGGACGAAAGCUGCUGUAAUCCGUCAGUACACAAACCCUCAAAGGGUUGAGACCGGACUUGGAGAAAGAGUAAGUCGUGGCCCCAAAUGAUUGCCUUAAUUACACAUAUAUAAAUGUAUGGAGUGAUGACACUAAGAGACUUAUAAAAUUUAAAGAUGUUUUCUUUUGAUGUGAAAAAGUGUCUUGUAAGGAACAGAUGUGAAUAUUUUAAUAUGAUAGAGAUGUUCGGUUGUAAUGUCGACAUUACGUUUUAGCUGGGUCGGCUUUGUAGGCAUCAUAGGUUCUUAAACAGUAUGUUGGCUGUCUGCUCUUAUGCGGACAGUACACAUUUAUUUUUCUUGUUACAUAUUGUCAACAGAACAAGGCUGGCCUGUGUUGCUGGCAACAGAAAUCUUGAUUUAUAUUCAUAACACAAGAAAAUCCUCAUUUAGACGAUGUAUAAAGUUAUGGGAGAGAGCGCAGCACACGGAAAUACAUCGGAAGAGCAUCUUCUUUUAUCAAGAUCCACUUACACUAAAGCAAAGAUGUCAGUCACAUAAACACCUGUCAUAAAUAUCUGCCACAUUCACUUUCUAUCAGGGUGAAAUGGCAGACGAAACUCGGCGAGUUUUCACCUUCCGGUUUAUUGAUGAGAUAAAAUACUUUACUCUUUUUCCUUUUUUUUUUCUAAGAUUCAAAUUUAGAGCUGACCAGCUGCUUUGCUGAUAUGUUUCACUCUGAAUUUACUGUAUGCAAAAGUAACAUGAACAUGUGUUCUAUAUUUUUUUAAACCUAGCCUUGAUAAUUACAUAACCAAAGGUGAAACCCUGAAUUUAUUGUAUGUUGUGGACUUCUGAAAACGUUGUGAUAUAGAUGCACUCCGAAUAGGAGGGGGAUUAAAAAAAAUGUAAAUAUCAGACGUUUAUACAUGUGUGUCCGAAGAUGUGUUGCAGGUACAGUAAUUUUUUUUGAGACUUUUUUUUUACUUUCUUUGACUGUUAUGACCAUUAACCACAAGAAUCUAUGUUUGGUUUGUUGAAAACAUGAUAAAAUCACAUUCCUCAUGUUGUUACUAAUGCUGCUCAAACAUUCUUCAUUGCUGUUGAUUUUUUUCUUGCAUUUUUCUUGCAGUAGUACAUGAGUUUGCCAAUCAUUGUGCAGCUUUAUCUGAAAACCAUUGGACUUAGUUACAUCUCUUAGACCUGCAACGUUGCCUGUGAAUGAAAUGAGUAGAAAAGUCAGCUGCCCUACCAGUAGUACUAAGUAAUAGCUCAUAUUUAUUUUUUAUAAAGACAGUGUUUUAUUUCCUUAUUUUUUCCUUUUCCAUACAGUGUUAGUUACCCUGGCACUUAAAAGCUUGAAUUUAGACUUCUUAAACUUAGUGUUUCCUAAAGAAAAUCCAAAGUUCACAUUCCUGCUCUUUCUGAGAAUUUGUAUUUGUACUUGCCUCUUAAAUUGUAUCCCUCAGAAAAAAGAAAAAAAUGUUUACUGAAUGUUCCAAAUAUUUCCUUAGUGUCAAGAAGCUUGUAACCAAGAAAUAGUUUUAAAAUAAAUGUUAGGUAGUUUACAAAGAAAAUCAUUAUGGAGAAGAUGUAUAUUGAAAAGACGUAGACAAUUAUUUUUUUGUCAUUUUGUUAAUAAAAAUAUUUUUUUUUAACCAAGACCCAGGGUUUAUUCAAUGAAGAGAAAAUUAAUUUCUUCCCCAAAAUACAAAUGAUAUAGAAAAUAAAACAUGAAAACAGCAAGAGAUUGUACUAUACAAUAUUGAGAAUUUUCUUCCACUGAAAAAUAAAAAAUGUAACAUUGAUCCCGGUAUAGUUAAUAAAAGAUGAGUAACAUGAGCAAAACUGAGAAACAUUUUGUGUCAUAUAUCUGACAUGAAACAUUAGGGUUAUGGUGUUGGCACUGUUUGCUUCUGCCACUGUUUAUGUCUGGUAUUAGCACAUCUGAUAAUAUAUUUACCUGUCAAAAUAUUAUUAGUGAUUGGUACAUCAUCACAAGAAUAAUGCAGAGUAAUACUCUUAGUCUAUUAUGGUCACUGCAGAUUAAACUGUAUUUUGGCAAAAAAAAAAAACAA